UAAUUCAAACUAGUAGUAGUUUUUCUCUUGGUUAGGAUGGUGCUAACUAUUGUACAAUUAGCACCGUAACCGCUCCCUCUAAGUGAUUGGUCUGAAGGCCAACACCUCCCUCACCAUCGAAUCAAAAUGAAACUUGCGUUAAUCCAAACGCCAGAAGGAAACAUGGCCUGGGUAAAAAAUCGAAAAUAAGAGAUGAAAGAGAUUGAUGAUGAGGCAAAUCCAAAAAAAGACAGACAAGCAGAGAGCAGAGUGAAUGCUCUCCACUCGUCCACUAUCCCCUAACCCCUCCUCAGCUCCCACUAAAGCUCCCUCCAAUUACCACACCUCUUUUCAAAUUUGGAUAGUCCAACUUCCAGCUUCGUCCUUUCUUUCUCUCCCAGGGACUCUACUCCAAAACCCUCUUGCCCUAACCUCUAUCCUCCACAAACGGCUUCAAACAUUUACCCCAGUUCUAACAAAUUGCUACGACUUCCUUCUUCCCUUAUCUACUUCAGUAAACCGUAGGUUGAGAAAAGGCAGGCGUGGAACUCCAAUGGCUUCAGUAACAUCAGCUGCUUCUUCUCUUACAUUUGGCCUCUCAAACACAGCUCUUCAGAUGAGUCAGAGCAGCAGUGGCCUAGGGUACAACUUGGUGUCAAUGGGUGGUUCUUUGAGUAACAAGACCGCCUCUUUCCCUUCUCUAAGAAGUCGUCAACGUUCCCGCAUCACUUGUGCUGCAAAAGCAGAGACAGUGGAGAAAGUGUGCGAGAUAGUGAGGAAGCAGCUGGUUUUGCCUUCGGAAACAGUCCUCACCCCUGACUCCAAAUUCUCUGCUCUCGGUGCCGACUCCCUCGACACUGUGGAGAUAGUGAUGGGGCUGGAGGAGGAGUUCGACAUCAGCGUGGAAGAAGAGAGCUCCCAGAACAUAACCACCAUCCAGGAAGCCGCUGAUGUGAUUGACAAACUGGUUCAGAAGAAAGGUGAAGCUGCCCCAGCUGCUUCCUCCACUUAAAUUCAUUUUUUUACACUCACUAAUCCAUCCCCAGCAGGCUUCUCCGUUUCGUUACCUAGCUAGGAUCUCUUCGUUCGUCUUUCUUUUUGCCUGUUCUCGGUUGAAGUUGAACUCUCUCUCUCUCUUUCAUGCCUGCUUCUGGAAUUAAUGAGGAACGAUUUUGUUGUAAACACUUGUUUGGCCCUUACUUCCCAUCUGGAAAAACCAGGCCGUAUGAGAUUGCAUUUUUAGAUGAGAAAUACGGCAGGAAACCAAAUCUGGUGAAAGAAGCUAAGCCUGGUUUAACAUAACUUAUCUGAUAUAAGUUCUUUCUUUCUUUUUCUAAUAAAAAAAAAAUUAUAUAAGAUUUAUUUUUGGGUUUUAUUUGAACAAUUUAAGUUAUUGAUUACUAGUUUUGUGCCCGUCCAAUGGGCAACUAGUUUCAUUUGUUUAUACUUUUCAUUUAUCAUCUGACAUUUUUUUUAUGGUAUCGAAUUCUUACUUUUUCAUAUUUAUUUAUUAUUGUUAUCUAUUUUUCAUGUUUCGUCUGAUAUGAAGGCACUACAUUUAAGGUUUUAAUCAUGAUCAACAAUAAUGUCAAACAACAUUGUAACUUCAUCACUGCUUCGAAAAUAGUAUUCAUGACCAUCUGAUCUUUGAUUGGCCAACAAUUUUCAACGUCAUAAGUUGUACUUGGUUUAAACUAGUGUACGCCACCUUAUCGUACUCCUAUCGAGUUUUGGUAUUUAGACCAUGAACUAACAGGGUUUGGGACAUGCAUGAUACUAUACCAUAGCCUCUAAUGGGUGAACCCCAACCUCUAAUUCUCCAAUCCAAAUCGUACGAUUCAUUUAAUGCAAAAAUAAUAACCAAAGAUUAGUAUUUGUCAAAAUAUAUUAAAGUGCAACUAAUACGUUGAACGAAGGUGUAUAUUAUACCUUGAGCGCACGCUAGUCUUUUCCACCAUUAUAUUAAAGUACAACCAAACUAUUCUGCUAUGUUUCUAUAUAUAUUACUUUUAACAUUUUAUGAAUGAUAUCAAAACAAAAUGUUAGUUAUAGAUAUACUUUCUCUUCGCUUCCCAUUAUCAUCCAAUAUUAAAUGUGUGACUAACUGUAACUGAAAUUGUGUGAUAACUUAAUACAACCGUAAAGAUGCCCUAUUGUGCAAUCAGUAUAAUAGAUGAAUUUACAGGACAUCGAUCAAGGUAUGAUCCUGCAUUGGUUUUACAUGAUACCAGGCCCGGGUACGUCCCGCGUUGUUAUACAGAACAUCGAUCAGGGUAAUGAUCCCGCGGUGGAUUUACAAGAUGCUAAUCUAGGUAAGGUAUGAUGUGUGCUGGUAUAUGGGACAUCUACUGUACUACCCGGAGAGUGUAUGUCUUGGCAAAUUAAGAAGCAAAAAGCACUAAAUCAACCUAAAAGUCAUGUGAUUAAAUCCUCGUAUAAAGAUUACUUAUGAUGUAGUUAAGUGAUAACUUCCAAUGAUGUGAUAUGCAAAAUGGGCAUGUCGAUGAUGAUGGUUUUGUGAUGGUUUAUAAUGGUGUUUUAUACAAUGAUUUACUAUUAGAUGGUGUGAUGUUCCACUAUGUUGGGACGGGGUUACAUAGUGAUGCCAGUAUGAUGUGAUACUUAAUGCAUACAUAUUUAUAUAGUGAGUUAUCAAGAGACUAGAUGAUGGUCUUUAUGUCGUGAAUGUAUGAUUGUUUUGAGUUUGAGAUGAUGAGUGUGAUAUGACAUGUGGUGAUGAAUGGAUGUUUAUUUGAUUGAAUGAGAUAUAACAUAUCAGGUCUAUCUUGACAGUUAAGUUAUGACUGAGAGGUGAGUGACGGGAAAUAAAAUACUCCAUGUUCUACCACGGUCAUUGGAAGGGACAAUAAGUCCUUUCGAGCUAUACUGUUAAAGGUAACAGAGAAGAAUUAGAUUAUUAUCUUAUGAGUCGGGUUAUCCUGUGAGUAUAAAUGGUUAGUAAAAAU